AUGCAGUUUAGAGAAAAUUUUCGAGUUCGUCGUUUAACUACAGAAAAAAUAAUUGAUCAGUAUGGAAAAUCUUCACAUUAUAAACAUAAAAUACGUGCUGGCGGAGAGAUGGGAAGUAGUUCUGAAACGCAAUGUCUUAUAUUUUUGUGGUUUGCAGGCAACAAAACCACUUACAGAAAAGUAGCCAAUUUAUUUCACAUAGCAUCUUCAACUGUACAUAAAUAUAUAUCUUGCAUAUCGGAUUUUUUAUUCAAUAUAUCAGCCAAAGUUAUAAGAAUGCCAAGCGGUGAUGAAAAAGAUAGCAACGCUCAACAAUUUUUUCAAAUUGCAGGAUUUCGAAAUGUAUUAGGGUACAUUGAUGGCACAUACAUUUAUGUUAGAAAACCAGCCAAUAAAAUACGCUCUACGUACAUAAAUAGACACGGAUUAUUGUCUAUAACAUUAAAAACUAUUUGUGAUGGUAACAAAAGAUUUUUAGAUUUAUUCGUUGGAUCACCUAGUAAAAUUCAUGAUGCUCUAAUAUACAAAUUGUCACCGAUAUCCAAGCAGCUUUCUUCUGUGUGUGUUGAUAAAUUCCACAUAUUUGGCGAUUCAGCAUAUCCUUUGAGAGAAUAUUUGUUAAUUACGAAUAAGGAUUAUGGAGACCUAUCCCAACAACAAAAACCAUUCAAUAAAAAACAUAAUCAAACUCGUGUUAGUAUUGAAAAUUCUUUCGCAUUGCUGAAGCAACGAUGGCGACAGUUAAGUCAUUUGGAUUUUUUUCCUGUGGACAGAAUGUGUAAGUUUGUGCUUGGCUGUUGCGUACUUCAUAAUCUUUGCAUUGAGGAAAAGGAUGAUUGGAUAGAAAAUGUUGUUUGUGCAGAAGUAGUUAGAAGGGAACUUCGUGGCGAAAUCUUAAGCGAGCAGUUGGGUCUUUCAGAGACUGUUUUACAGCACAUGGGCAAACUGAAACGCAAUGGAAUAGCUGAAACAUUUUAG